AUGUUCGUGGGUGAUGCUACUUGCCCUGGACUGGCCUAUCAGGCCUGGCUCAUGAACUCGACUGAGGCCAGAGAUGAGUGUUUAUCGUCGAAAACACCAUCUAAUGCUGCAACUGCGGCCUCAUCUGGUUGGUGUGAUGCUUCCAAAGACGGCUGUUCGAAGCCGGACAUGUGCCUCAAGGGGAUGCCCUAUGACUUCUACGCCUUCAACGUUACUAACCCUGCCGAGGUCCUCAAGGAUGGGGCCAAGCCCAUUGUGCAGGAGCUACGCCCUAUUCACGCUGCUCAGACUCAAGAGCGUAUCGAGGCCUCGGUUGAUGUCGAUAAGUGGAAUAAGGAGGGUAUUGCCCACUGGAAUGAGACCAACACUUUCGUCUUUGCCGAUAAGGAUGAGACCAAUCUUUUGCAGGAGAAGGUGGUCGUCCCCAACCUCGCUCUUCUGAGUACCGUCACUGAGAUGGGCCAAACUGUGAACACUAUGGACAUGCUACAGAUGCUUGGCACUUGUGGUACCUACCAACAGUUGGCUAACACGGUUAUGGGUAUGAUGAAAUUGGCUCCAGCUGUGAUAUCUAAUCUUAUCACAACUAAGUUCGGCAGUAUAGAGGCUGCGAUUAAGUCUCAGUAUUUUGAUGCUGGCCUGACUCGUAUGCUGGAUGAUGGUGAGAUAAACAUGCAGGCUGUGGGUGCUAAGCUAGCUCCUCUGGCCAAGGGUAUCGACGUUUCUAGUAUGCUCCCACCGGCUAGUAUGGCGAUCGACUACUUUGCAUAUGCCUUUGGUUGUGUUGCAAAACAGGACGCUGAUCAUAGCUGUAAGUUUAACCCUGAUAGUCGGGCCGAUGUGGACCUCGAGAAGAAGAUCCUCGGGACCUUCUCGGAAACUUCAAGAAAUAAAAUAUUCAACUUCAUGAUGAAGACUAAUUUCACGGAUACUACCGGUGCUGUUGUCGCAAUGAAGAUGUUGGAGAUGACUCUGAAGCCAUCUGAGAUCGAGGCGUGGCAUUCCCAAUUAAACUAUGCCGGCUCGUAUGGGCUAUCUAACUAUGACGCUAUGCGGUACACUCUCUUCCCUUACGCUGAUCCAAGCAGCGCUGUCUAUGAUGCAGACUACGAGUACUAUCCGAGGUUCAUACGAAUGACGGUGGCUCAGCUUCUGGGGUGGAAUAAUGAGUCCUUCAAGGAUAAGUUCAGCGGUGAGGAAGUGUCGAUGGGCGUUGCCAAACCUGUAGUUAAUGGUGCUCCUACUGAGCAAUAUCGUAGUAGUAAGAUACCUGGUUGGAAGGGUCUCAACUACUACAAGAUGUAUAAUGGCCAGGCUCAGAACUGUGCCUUCGACCGUGACUGUAUGGCUCAGGACUCCUUCAAGAAGGAUGGUACGUGUACAGCUGACGAUGUGUGCACCCCUAACUACGCUGAUGGUUGGGACGCUAAGUUCUUCCCUGGUACGCUGACCGGCAAGGGGACGGAGGAGUAUCAUAAGAAGGACGCCUCGGCCAGACUGUUCGUGGGGCAAAUCUUCUCAGCGGCAACGCUGAAGAACAUCGAGACUGACGCCGAUUGGGAUGGUGCCAAGGUUGACAAAUGGACACUCGCUGACAUUGACUUUCGCAACGAAAAUUGCGAUGGUGCCAACCCUGAUGAUGCCCAGGGUAUUGACUGUGAUUCGCCUUAUCUCAGCUUUAACCUCGGUUACUUCGCCUCGCCUGACCCAGCUUCUAUUAUGGUCCCGGUGUAUGCCUCUCUCCCUCACUUCGACAUCGUCAAUGGAUCCUCCUCGAGAUCCCAGAACUACUACCCUGGUGACCGUGUGGACAUCCUCUCUUGCAGUGGUGAUCCUGAUUGUGAAGGCGACCGUGACUUCCGCAUCAACGUGUGGACUGAGCCUAUCUCUGGUGCCUUU